UCUUCUUCAUUAUAUCAACUUUUUCUCUUUACCUCAACAGUUGUCAAUAGAGGGGAAUCCAUCUGCUUCGAGCCAGAUGGAGACGAAGACGGAACCACUGACGCCACCACAAACACCUCCGAUCAUUGACAGAUCGAUACAUCAUCAUCAUCAGCAGCAUCAUCAACAGCAGCAACAGCAACACCAGCAGCAGCAGCAGCAGCAGCAGCAACACCAGCAUAUACCCUUUUCAAGAUGGACUAGAUCACAUUUCGCUACCGGCAGAUAUCUCCAGCACCAACAACAUGUCCAAGCGACGCAUCAGAACGUCGGCGGCUAUCAGGCCGCUUUCCUAGACAACUGGCUCAGGGGUGCAGCUCUGUUGGCCGCUAGAGGUUGCUGUCCUCAAACCCGUCCGCACCUUUAUUAUCAUCAGCCUCAUCAGAGUCUGAUCCCGGUGCCACCACCGCCGCCGUCGUUCCUCGCACGAAGAUCACCGGGUCAAAGACCCAAGAAACAGUUCAUCUGCAAGUUUUGCAAUCGACAGUUCACCAAGAGCUAUAACCUGCUGAUCCACGAAAGGACGCACACCGACGAGCGACCUUACUCAUGCGACAUAUGCGGCAAGGCUUUUCGCAGGCAGGAUCAUCUGAGGGACCACCGAUAUAUACACAGCAAGGAAAAGCCAUUCAAGUGUAACGAGUGCGGGAAAGGAUUCUGUCAAAGCAGAACUUUGGCGGUGCACAAGAUUUUGCACAUGGAAGAGUCGCCGCACAAAUGCUCCAUCUGCGGGCGCAGCUUCAAUCAAAGGAGUAAUCUAAAGACGCAUCUCCUGACGCACUCAGAGGUCCCGCAGGAUCUCAGGGUCGAAGCGUCGGUGUCCUCGGAUUCGAGAAUCAUAUCUACAGAGGUCAGACAGAUGACGGAGCGGAUGAGUAGCCUCCUGCCGAUUCAAAGGAGCGGUACAAUCGCACCGAAACUCGGCUUUAGUAUAGAGGAUAUUAUGAGACGUUAAGACAUUGAUUUUAUCCCGAAUUGUGAUUUAUAUGCUCCCUCGAUGCAAGGUCUUUUCCUCUUUGCGCGAUGGAGUUCCUGGUUCGAGAUCAUUUCUACAAAUUGAGGCUAAAAUUAGCUUUACCAAAUUAUACUUUAAUCCUUUGUGC